AGAGCAGCAGCAUGGAGGAGCAGACGCAGAGCUUCAGAGCCGCAGGAGACGAUGAGAGCAGUCUGUUUCACCUCCGUCUGAUGAAGCGCAGACACAAACACAGAGACGGAGAGCUGAAGUUCCUGUUACACAGGCUGACCGUGAUUGGCCGUCUCUCGUGUGCGGCGGCUGACAGGAGGACGGUGGCAGAUCAUUACGAGAGUCUGACGCUCGGCCUGCAGAGGACUCGCUCUGGAGAAGACGUCAGCGGUCUCCUGCUGCUCUACCCUCGACACGCACUGCUCGUCAUCGAGUGUUCGACUGAAGCUCUGCUGUCUGUCCUGCAAGACCUGAGACACAUGGAGGAAAACAGCGGCCCGGUCCUGGAGCCCCGAAUCCUGCUGGUGUCCCACGACCUUCCCAGCAGACUCUUCCAGCGCUGGAGCUACAAGCUUCUGGACGAGUCUGACAGCCGGAGGACGCUCGUCUCAGAAGAACAGAGCCCUGAGAAAGUCCUGAGCGACACCCUCCAUCAGGUCCUGAGACUCGGACAGCACCUCUUCAACAAAACACACCUGACCACGGUGAUUCCGGAUGAGGCGCUGAAGGACGCGUCACUUCCUCCUCAGGCCGCGGUGUCUCGUCUGCUCCGGAUGGAGGCGCUGUUGAGUCCUGCGCGUUACAUCAGCGCGUAUCAUUCACCGUUACACCAGCGCCUGGACUCCGGUAACGCGCGUUACUUUCUGCUUAAAGGGACAGUUCGCCCUAAAAUUAAAAUCGCUAUCAUUUACUCACCCUCGAGUAGCUUUAUGAGUUAUGAGUUUCUUUCUUCUGUUGUGAGCGCAGACAUAUUUUUAUAGUCAGUAACCAAACAGCUCACGCUAGCUAUAGUCACGGAAGUGAAUGGCUACCGUCAGCCGUUUGGCGAGUAAAUGAUAACAGAAUUUUCAUUUAUGGGUGAAGUGUCCUUUUAGAGUCUUUAUACUAUUUUCUUUAACGUGACAGCAGUAUAUGAUUUAAAAUAUAGCGCAUUUAUAAUUUACUUUUAUAUGCAGCACUGAAGUUCAUCACUGUGUUAUUCUGUUUGACGUUUAAGUUUUGUGGGCAAACAGACAGCACGAGUUAGCGCUGAACGUGUUGUUUUGUGCAUCUGAUCGUUUAAGGACAUGUUUUCGGGAGUUUUCGUCCCACCACAGUGUAGGUUUGAGAGGUACGUGUGGUUUGAGGUUGUGUGGAGCAUGCACACGUCAGAGCGCCUAAAGAUGCAUCCCCCCUCAGGUGUUUCUCCUGAGAAGAAGACCCCAGUGAUCUUUUGAGCCAAAUUCUAAAUAUGGCCUUUUCGUGAAAUGUUCAUUUUAUAGCUUGAUCUGCUGGCGGUCAGUUUUAGGAGAAACAUCUCAGAUGAAGUGAGGUUAAGUGAAGACUCCAGGGGAAUGUUAUGUCUAUUUUUUUCACAUUUUCUCAUCUAACCGUCAACCAACCAUCGAUAUACUCUUUAAUCUGUUUUAAAGAAAGCACAUUUGUUUGCGCAUGUCAUUAAUAUUUGCCAUUUUUGUGUAUUUUGACAGAAUCUGUGUGGCCUGCAGUGGAACCUCUUAGGAUUAUUUGAACAACUUUAUUAACACUUUUUAAAAAAAUAUCUACUUUUUACCUCAACGGGUUUUAGUAAUGCUUGAAGCUGUUGAAUACAAUGCGUUAUAAAUUAUUUUAAUGCAUUAAUUAUGAAUUGUAAUGCACCUUAUAAUGCAUUGCAUGCAACUGUCACCACAAUAAAUAUAAUACUUAUCUAUUAAUUGUUACACCUUUAGUCAGUAUAAUGCAUUGAAACACAACAUGCUACCAAUUUCACAUCUGCAAAUAUUAUAAUGCAUUUAAGUUUACAUAUAACACAUUCAUCAUACAUAAACGGAUCUAAUAUAAAUCAUUAUUAUAUUAGAUCGUUAUUGUGAAUGAUUCAUCAGCGGUUAUACCAAACAAAUAAAUA